GAUCGAUUACUUCAUUCGAGAUGCUUCUCUUCGAAGUCUUGCUUGUCGUGGCAUUUCAAGCAGUAGGAAGUGAAACCGCAAGUUGUUCGAGCUGGAAGACGGCUUACGAAUGCAGUUAUUCCGACCCCUGCACCUGGCGACAAGCCUCGAAUCUACCGAAAGUCGCUUUUCCCGGUUGCUUAUGGUCGGACGACAGCAAAGUGGACGAAGCAAACUGUCGUGAGGUAAUGCGGUGUGCACUGAGGCGUAGCCCUCCAGGACAACCAGACGAGUGUUGUAGAAAACGUCGGAGGGAAGCCUGCUAUGACCCACAAACGACCCAACCAAACAGCAACGAAAUGCAUGUUUCUAAAAAACACAUGACCGUCGACAACGGCAUAGUGUGUUUGCUACAGAAGAACUAUUAUGUCCUGGCAAGCGUCUCGAAGUAUGUUCAAGCUCCUUGCAAUUACAUUAGGGUUCGUGCGCCGUACGGCAGUCAUCAAGUGUAUUACAACGUUUGGGUCUCCUUGAGUUCCAGAUGCAAUCUCAGCAGAGACGCUGCGCCUUGCCAGUCGGGAAACAGCUUGGUUGUCGUGCAAGGAACGGCUGACAGUUACAACGGUGACUCUUAUAACUAUCGUUCUUGCUUGAGUGGAAGAGAGGGAGGAGAUCCUGCAGGCUACUUCAUCGAUGGUGACGGUGAUGUCGCAUUCAAUGCUGGGCACUUGGUCUGUUGUCCUGCUGGCGGGCAGAUAGGUCACACUGGACGAAUCCCGGUUGUCUUCAAGGUUCGAUUUGGUCCUAAGAAUGACGCUGAAAUAUCCCAAUUGGAUUACUCACGCCUCACAUCUUGCAACAGUACGGAUAACAAGCAAAUUACAGGCACACUCUACCUACAGUCCGACGAAUCUACAUGGAUGAGGAUGUCUAACUAUACAUUUCCAUUGUUUCACUGCAUUGUUGAUGAAGCUGUUAAUCGUAGUCAGAAAGGCGAUGAGAUUUUUGUGUCUAACCGCACUGCUAUUGAAUGCUUUCUCAACGGGGCGACAAAAUUUCCAGUGAGUCAUCUCAGUUGUCAAGUUUUUUGUUUAGCUGCUACACUUCGAGUCUCGCUUAGUCACAAAAUGGUGUCAUCAUUUGACUUAGAUAUGCAUCCGGAUGACCUUGGAUAUCGACGCAGAUUUCUUGUGGCUAAUGCAUCUCAUAGUACGAGCAGUAGAAUUGAAAUUAGAGCAAAAUGCUUGCAACCAAUGACUUUAAACUGGACUGAUGUCGGAGACCCGUAUCUUGUCAAUGUAACUGUGGUACAUACGGAAGACAGCCACGAGCCAGAUAUAAAUCUGGUGUUACUAAUACCUCUUGUCAUUGGUGUUUUAAUUGUUGCAUUACUAUCUGUAUUCGCCGUUUAUGUUUGCUGCAAGUGCAGGGCUCGGUGUAAGUGCAGGGCUCGUAGCAAUGCAUACGUGCCGUUACUUUGUGACGGGGUGGUACAAGUUGAGUUGAUGGUGCCGUUCAAUAUGAUAAAGACGUCAUGUUUUUACAGUAAAAAAGAUAUUUGGGUCACUGAAACAUUGUUUUCCAUCUUGCAAAAUGAAAGAGACAUCGAGUUGGAGCCGUAUCUACAAGCUGGUGUACCACAACCAGAAGCAAUUGUGACCAGGAUGAAUAAGUGUGACCGAAUAAUCAUUGUCAUCAGUCAAAACUUUUUGGACGACGAAUGGCAGAGCUAUGUUAUCAAUCAAGCUAUAACUGAAACCUUAAAGCAGAAGCACAAAGUUAUACCAAUUAAUUUGGACGCCAGUGACAUGCCCUUGGAGCUUCAACAACUAGUAUAUCUUGAACCAAACGAUGUUGACUUUUCAAACCGUCUCUUGACAGCAAUACGUAAUAACUAGCGACAGACACUGAGAGCUAGGUCUGUAGCAUCCAUGACGAAUAUGAAUAAUUUAUCUAAUAUUCUAUUAUCUUGUACGUUUCAUUAACUGCGGCUAGAGGCGUGUUUGAGGUUUCUAUAUAGCUAGUUGCAAGUUGGUUGCUGCUGUGUGUACAGCACUGAUGUACUGUGUAUAUAUAGCUGAAUUCAAAUAAACUCUUAUUUCGUAUCGUAUGGUAGAAAACCAGCUUAAAUUAGAACAGAAAUCAAG